CAGGUCUUCUCGUGUAUCCGCAGACAAGUCUUCGGCGAACUUUCACUCGCCUUCAUAUGUAGGACACGCCAGACAUUCACCAAUUCCCACAUCAGUUGCAUCGUUGCCGCGCUCCUCAAUGGUUGCGCCCAAUCAUAACAUUCCCCAACUUUUGAGCACCAAUUCUGUCACUAAUCCUAACAUCAGAUCCGGUGCUCCAAUAAAUCCUAUGAUACCUAAUGGUUCGCCGUCCGGACAACUAUUUCCACGAUUGCCGGGAAAUAUAGGACGCGGAGAUCUCUCAAUCCGAGGUCCAAUGCUGCCGACCCCUACAUUCAGGCCCCGAGUGCCGGCGCCAAACCUGUUAGGAGCCGCACAAAUGGAAAUGUUGCUCCGAAUGCAGUCUAGUUUCGCAGAUCUUAGGCAUCCAUUACCGCCAUUUCCUCCACACCCUCCCGCCGCCCAUUCCUUUCCAGGUCUGCCUCAUAUGAAUGGUAUGCUCCGUCCCAACGGAACCCCACUAAUACAGCCUUCACUACAGACUAACGGUUCACUGCCGGCGCCGCACAUAUACCCGAAUUUACCACUACUGCCGCCCAUCACUAUUAUGGUUCCCUACCCGGUACCGCUUCCAAUACCGAUUCCUAUACCGGUGCCCAUACUGUUCCCCAUCGACAAGAAUUCAAAAUCAGAAAAUGUUAACCAAAAUCCUAACAAAAAUAGUAAUAAUCAGACAAAUAUCAGCUCAAGUAAUGACGUGACCACUACUUCUCAUAAUUUAAAUGGAGGUACUCUUACGAGCUCUACCACUACUACUACCAGUCCUGUUUGCACCGCCAGUAAAGUGGAGUCAGUUAUCUCUAAACUCGUUGAGAGGAAGACUAAAGCAAAUAAUAAUAGCCAUCAUUUAAAUGUCAAUAAUAGCCACAAGAAUGGCAACUCAAGAGUUGGUGAAACUGAUGAUAAAAAGAGUUGUCACGAAAAUGAGGAGCAUUUAAGUGAUAACGAAAGUGGAGAAGUGUUGCCACAAAAUCUAGUGGUCCCUCACAAUCGCCGACCCCUUACAGACACAUACAGUCCUCCCGUUCUUAACAGUGGAUAUCAUUUGCAAUGACAGACACCUUAAUUAAUACAACAUUUAAUAAUAUAUUUAUUUAUUUAUUGCUUCAAUAUAUUUACUGGAAUUAAGUUUUAACAUUAGAUCUAUUGACAUAAAUCCUUAUAAAUAUGUUUCAAUACAAAUAUUUAAUUAUGUAUAAGUUACA